AUGGUCAUUUCAAUAAUAGAAGCUACUCCUAAAUCUGAAGAAGAUUCUGUAUCAUUAACUAAAGUAGUAAAAAUAUGUUCUUCUGUUAUUAAAGCAGAAGAAAUUUCAGAUAUCACUAACAUUAAUAUUCUUAAUUACAAGAUGGUUGAGCAUCUAGAAAACAAACCAAAGAAGACUUUAAAAGAAAUGAUACCACCUGAAUCUCUAAUCAAAGAAUUUAUUACAGAUUAUGAUAAAUAUGAUGAAAUGAAAUGGUUCACAAAUGUUACUAGAGCUAAAAAACAUCGAAUCUGUCUGGAAUUAAUAAAGACUUGUACACCUAUUAGAGAUAUUGACAAUAGAAGCAAAUACAAAGCAAAUGAUACUAAAAGAUGCCUAAAUAUACUCAAAUUAAUACAAUAUCUUCAAAAUUUAGUACCAAAAAUGGCUUGGGUUUUUGAUAAUACAGACACAUCUCACAGUGCUAAAAAAUCUGACUUAAAAUUAGAUAGAGCAAAACUUGGUUUAUUAAAUUCAGCACUUUAUGCAACUUAUAGUUCAAAACUUAAAGAUACAAAUAAUAAGCAUACACAUUACCAUCUAGUAGGUGAAGGACAAUUCUAUAAAAAUAGUAAAGAUAUGUAUUACAAGUAUAGUAAACUCUCACUUAACGAACUAGAGAUUGCUCCUAGUUGUGAUAUACAGUUGCGACAGGAUAUGUUUGAUAUCUACUUAGCUGUGCCAAAAAAUAAUACAAAUAAAACAAUUGUGGCAGCCAGUUCUUAUAUUUCACAAUUUUAUAGAGAGUUAGCAGAAGCUAGGGUUGAGAAAAAACUUAGAAGAAUUCAAAAUAUCAAUACUACUAAAAUUCCUACUAUGCAAGAUCUUGCAGAUGUAAUUAUGAUGUUGAGUAUGAGACCUGCUGAAUACAAGUCUGACUAUUCUUGGUAUUGUAUUGAGUAUAUUAAAAAUAAAGAAGUAAAAAAUAAUUCCAAAUCUCAGCAAUUUCUAUCCAUAAAAAAGAAUCCAAAAUAUGCAAAAGAAUUGCUUACCUGGAUUCAAGAUGCAAUAGCAACUAGAAAGUUACACAAUUCUGUCUAUAGUAUUAAUAAAAAAUACAGUGCAGGAGUAUUUAGUAAAUUUUUAAAAUCAUAUGAUAUUAUAGCCAAAAGAUUAAGAAAAAUUAGAGGUAAACAUGCUUCUAGAGUUCAUAAUAAUCAAAAUCCAACUUCGCAACAUCUCGAAUUCCUUAGCAGAGUUGUAAUGAGAUAUAAGAUGGAUCAUUAUAAUUCUGAAAUGUAUUAUGUCAAGAGUGAUACUUCUAAUUCUAACUUUGAUGCAGAUCCAGAACCUGAACCUGAAGCCCUAGUUCCUAUAUUUAAGUCAAUUAAUAAGAAUACUUCUGACAUUGAAGAUAUUUAUGACUUAUAUAGAAGUAUUUAA